UAGCCACGUUACAUGUGUGAUGCUGUUCGGUGAAGAUACAAGUGCAGAAAAUGUCACCUCAGGAGCUUGCCAUGCUGCUCUGCAAAGAAGGGGACCACCAUCUUGCCCAGCAGGAAUUACCAAUAGCCACUGCUUUCUACAUGGCUGCCUUCAGCCGCAGUGCCCCCACGGCAGUACAGAAAGUGAGCUCCUUGGACAAAGGGCUCUGGGAGAAAGUGGUAGCUACUCUGGAGAUGUGGUGCAAAGGCAAGGAUCAGAUUCCCAAGAUCCAGAGCAAGACCUUGGCCGUUGUCUCUCUCAGUGUGGGAAUAGCUAACAUCUUUCUUUCCACCCUAAGUCCCGACAACGUGGUAUCCUCAGUCUAUAAACUGGAGACCCUGCUCAGGCGAGGAUGCACAGAGGAGGUGGUGAAUAAAUGCAAUACCCUGCUCAAGGCUAACCCAAAGUAUACAAUUGAACUGUUGCUGCUGCGGGCGUUGGCAUGGGUGCUGUCAGGGACACAAGUUAGGAAGGGAGUUGCAGACUAUAUCCAAGCCUUUGUGAUGCAUCGGGCUGAGGUGGUGGCCUACGUGUGUACUAGGCAAAGGGAAGAGCUACCACAGGUCAUCCAGGCCUUCUGUAAUUAUCUCACAACAUAUCAGAAAGAAAUCCCAGACUGCAGUUCCUUGGACCAGUGGCUGGGCAACUGCUACGACUUCCUGUCUGCAGUGGCACCGGAUGAUAGCUGGGUUUGCAGGGUGCAGGCAGCCUACCUCUUUAAGAAAAGCAAAUUUGAGGAGUGCGUGGCAGUUUGUAGCAAGGCCCUCAAGGGCUUCUCAGCGGAUAAUAAUGUGAGAGAUGAGAAAGCUUUGGGUCUGCUCUUGGAACGGGCUGCUGCAUAUUUCUUCUUAGGUGGACGGACGCAGGAAAUGAUGCAGGAUUUAGCAGAAGCCUUUGCAGCAAGCCCUGCCCAGGCGAUGAAGCACUUUGAAGAGCUUUUCUCAUCACAUGAUGCUGAGAGGAUAGAGGAACAGGCUAGGACUGUCCUGGAGGUGAAGUUUGCAGCAUACAGGGAGGCUGUGCGUACUCAGACUGAACUCAGAGGCAAUCAUGGUACUGAACUACUCCCUUCUGUCAUCCAGACAGUCCAGUUCCUCCUUCAGAUCUCCCCAGCGUCCAAACGUGAGCUCAGCGUUCGGCUAGCAGACUGCCAUCUCCUGCAUGGACACAUCAAAACUGCUCAGGAUAUCUGCGACCACCUCUUGGCAGCAGAGCAGAAAACUUACUACAAUACUCUCUUAGCAUUGCGAGGAUUCUGCUUCCUUCAUACUCAUGACCAUCAGCAAGCCUUGCAGGACUUUCAAAAGGUCAUUGAGCAUGAUUCCCCACAUCCUAACAGCUGUAUUAAGGCCUUAUGUGGACGUGGACUUAUCCGGCUUUCUGGUGGCAGCCAUUACUUGACAGCCCUGGAUUAUAUCACAGCAUGCCAGUUAAAGCUGGAAGAAACCAUCUUCACAAUCAAGUCCUAUGUGCCGUGGAACCAAAGAGGACUGCUGCUAAAAGUUCUCCAAGAAGAAGGACAGAAGAUGCUCCAGAAGAAGAGAGAUGCCCUUGGGGUUCACCAGCUGGCUUCUCUGUUGGCAGAGCUGGACGCUUCUGAUGAAGCAUCACGGAUCCUUUGUGCUGAUGCCCUGUACCAGAUGGGCUCUGUAGAAGAAGCUCACAAGCUCCUCUUAUUAGCACUCUCAGGAAAUCCACAAAGGUCUCCCAUCCUGGCUAGACUCGCGCUUCUGCAGUUGAAGAAAGGUUUCAUGUAUGAUGGCAACCAGCUGCUAAAGAAAGUGAUCAGAAUAGGAGAUACCUCCUGCCUCCUGCCAAUCAUGGACAUUUUCAAAGAGGAGGACCGGAAGUUGAUGCAAACUCACUGCCAUUUCAGAGCACUGACCAUCUUGAAGGACACACAGGAGGAUGCUGACAUCAAAGAGGCCAUUGCCUACCUUUCCUUUGCCAUCAUUGCUUCAGGUGGUUAUGCUGAAGAUUGUCUUCUCAUCAGAGCUCGAUGUUAUGGGCACCUUGGUCAGAAGAAAACUGCUAUUUUUGAUUAUAAUGCCAUCCUAAAGGACAACCCUAGGAACGUGCAAGCUUUGAGUGGACGAGGAUUCAUUUACCUUACUCUGAAGCAGCAGAAGGAGGCAGUGCAAGAUUUGAUCUCGGCACUGAAGGUGGAGGCAGGAGUAGUGAUCCCAGCUAUCCUGUCUUUAAAGCAUGAAGCCCAAGGGUUGAUCACUCAGUGGCUUCUUCAGUAUGGCAGGGCUGCAUUAACCGAGCUUGUUACUACUAAAGGCCUUUCAAAAGAAGAAACCCUCAGAGAUCUUCUUGUGAUUUCAAAAGCACUAAUUAAAAUUUGCAAGGAUGCACAAUAUCACAUCUUCUACACAGACGUUUUGAUUGCAGAUGGAAGGUAUGAAGAGGCCCUUGAUCACCUUCAGGAAGCAUUUGGCCACUCGCUUGCUGAUGAUUUUGCUAGUGCAAGACUAGCUGUGCUGCAGCUGAAGAAGAACAGCGUGCCAGUGGCAGCUCACUCAUUCAGCAUCCUAGCUAAGAAAGAUGAGAGAGAGUUGGGAUUUCUCCUGAACUUCGUAGAUGCUAAGCAACAGCACCAUCUUUCUCAGGUAGCAGCCCAAGAAGGAAAUGUGCUGAUUAAGGAAUAUCGCUAUGAGAAGGCUCUUGGUUAUUACACCCUGGCUGUCUUGACAAGCAAAGAUAAUCCAAGGUAUCUCCGACAGAGAGCCGCUUGCCUUACGCACCUAAAAAAAUACGACAAAGCUUUAAAAGAUCUGGAGAAAGUGAUCCAGAAGCAUGGUUGUAACAGUCUUAAAACCCGCGUUGAGGACCACUGCUCAAAAGGACACCUGCUAUUGUCAAUGUCUGAGGAAGAAGCAGCAGUUAAGCAGUAUAUCGAGGCACUGCAGUUAGACGAAUGUAUGGCAUUGCGCAGCAUCAUGAAUGGCCCUGGCAGUGAUGUUUUAACCAAAACAUUUCAUAAGAUUGCACAGUAUAACUUUGAAAUGCAGCAUUAUGAAGAAGCCUGGAAAAUCACAGACUAUGGUCUUAAAAUUGAUAAAAGUACUGAACUUAAAAAGCUGAAAACAAGACUUAAGCGAGAGGCAUCAAGCUGUAGCAUACAUUAAUUUCUCUCUUUUGGGAUUUUCCAGUGUCUGCUUUCUAGUUUGUUUGUGAGGCUGCAAGAAUUAGGGAAAGAUGAGAUGCUCAUGAUAAAUAUGCACUGGACAUGGCACUGAACACGGGACAGCAAGAUUAGAAGUAGAAAGUUUCAGAUAGUGAAACAAAACUGACCAAGCAAGCUAUGAGAAAAAGGCAAAUUAUAGUAUUUGGUAUUCUUUGAAGUUACUGUGGAUGUCUAUAAACAACCCCUGGUGAAGAAAGUGUUUUGUCUGGCUGAACUGAACUAACUGGCUUCCAAACAGAGGAAGUAAAACCUUCAGAUAGCUUGCAGUUUAUGAAUAACAACCACGUGGUUCCUUGCUAUUUAUUUGAUUAGCAUUAACAGAUACCGUUCAAUUAAGUAGCCUCAUUUUUACAGGCUGGUCAAAAAGGAUCAGUCAAAAGUAACAUGUGUAACAUGUUUGUGAAGGACCAUAUGUGUUACAGCACGCAGAUGACCCACUCCUAAAUGGAAAGAGCUGCCCUUACCAUGAUCUAGUGGAUUUGCAAUGAUCAGCACCAAUAUAGCGGAGUGGGGCAGUCCAAAUGCCAGGUAAACUGUUCUUUCUGUCCCAGGGAACAUAGAUAAUAUGAAGGAUGACACACAGCAGAGAUGAAACAUCCAAUCUAGUGACUGAUACCCCAUUAUCUGGGACAUACGGGCAGCUAUACUCUGGACUUCCAGAUCCCUGUGUCUCAGGUCGCCCGUGGAGAGUCAUGGAGAUAAUCUCUCAGUAGGGGUGUCUACAAGAGCCCGCAAAAUAUCAUCUUUCACACUCCUGGACCUUUGCGUACAAAAGACAGCUCUGGAGCAUGGACUAAUCAAGAAGGGAUCCAUGUACAAGUAGGAGGUCGGGGUUGGAGGCAACAGCCAAGGUGGUAAUGUGAUCGCUCUGCAGUGAUUCAGCCCUGGUCCUUCAUCAUCCGUGCUGGACAGCACAGGAAUCUCACAUGCCCUGAGGGUUUUGCCCUCUCUCACGUAUAUAGCUUCAUCACCUGUAAGGAUAGCUAGACUUAGGGGGCAGCACAGAGAUGGUGCCGAUAUACCCAAUUUCUGUGGGGUUUGGUGUGUCAUCUGUGGAAUGGGAGUCUAUAGCUUAAUUUGGAAGCAGCACGCCUGUGCUGUGCAAAAAGGAAACAAUGAGGUGGGGCCCAAACCAACAGACUGGUAUAUUUGUUUUGACUGCUCCAAGCGAAUUCCUCCCCAUGUUUUUGGAGUGUGAUAAUACAACCGUGAAGAAAAAUAGAAACUACUAUUGAAAACAAAGAUUAAAGCAAUACUGAGAACUGCUCUCCUGCUUUGAUUAGGAUGAAAGGGAAAUGGAACUUUUUUCUUUUUUGUUACAUUGUUUUCUGAAAGGCAACAUUCCAGAGUGAAACUUCAUUCGGCAGCCACCCCAUCAACCCGAUAGGCAAUGGUACCCUCUGUCCCCUUGCAUCUUUUUUUCUUCUCUGCAUGCUCCUUUUUUUCUUCCCUAAGAGCACAGGUAAGACUGGGCUUCAUUCCUUUCAAAUUCAAUAAAAGUUACUCUGAUUUUAAUCCUAGUGACACUGAUGAGAACUUUUUGCUCUUAAGGGGCAUCAAGAUGCUAUAGGAUAGUUUCUUUCCAAGCAUGAAAUUAUGUCUUUAAGUAACUGUUGGCUGCAUUUGCAAGCUGAAAUAAAUAAAUUUGCUCCUUUUUUUCUUCCAACAGUAACCAACAGGUAGGAAUUUCUCUGUGUCUCAUGGUGAAAUUUUGAGAAGCAGUUGUUUAGGGCUUUGGAAUUAUUUUUCCCUUUAUUUUUGUUUUGGGCUUUUGAUUGACUGGAAUAAUAAAUCUCUUCACAGUUUCACAUAAGCUAUUCUGUUAGCAUUCCCUCUUUUAGUUGCAGGUUUAGUUUGGUGUCAUUCAGCUGAUAGUUUCUCUCUUAAGCAGGUUCAUCCUUCUGUGGCUUUUAGAAUGGAAUAGUUCCAGUUGGAAGGGACCUAAAAUAAUCACCCAGUCUGGCUGCCUGACCACUUCAGGGCUGACCAAAAGUUAAAGCAUAUUAUUAAGGGCAUUGUCCAAUUGCCUCUUAAAAUCUGCCACCUCUAGCAAGCCUCUUCCAGUGUUUGACCAUCCUCUCAGUAAAGAAACUUUCGUAAUACCUAGUCGGAGAUGUCUAUGUCAAUACAAUGUAUUUGCAUUGUGUAGACAAUUGAGGCAAUGUAUAGUCUCCUUUGCCACAACUAAUAUUGCUGAAGAUAUUAUAUAAACAUAGAAAUCUAGACACACAAAGAACAGACGCACAGAUGCUCAGCUGCACUCAAGUGAAAUAACUUCAUUACAGAGAGAUCAUGAAUCUGGUUCUCCUCCCACUUAUCCAUGCUGACAGAUAGGAAUAAUAUCCGUGCAAAAACUGUGUGAAGAAAGAAUCAGGGUUUAAAUCAAAAAGACAAGAAAAAAGUCCACACUGCCUACUGGAUUAGCAGCCUCUUGCUGAGAGAAGCAAUACCAACUUUCUGAAUUUUACUGUGUAAUUUCUAGUGAACUGAGAUUUUCUUAAAGCCCCAAGUCUUUCCAUUAUAUAAAAACAGGAUACU